AUGCCUCUCAGAGCGAAGCUGCUGCCGCAGUCACAACGACUGAUGUCCACACAAGAAGCCUACAACCUCUUCGAACCACAAGACGGCGACGAGCCCGAAGAUGUCCUCUUCAACAGUCUCUACGGCCUCCGGUCCAUCGAGCUCAACCGCCCAAAGAAGCUCAACGCCCUCAAUGGCUCCAUGAUCCGCAAGAUCGCCCCGCGCAUGCUCGAGUGGUCCAAGUCGGACAUGGCCAACGUCAUCGUCAUGAAGGGCGCGGGGGACAAGGCUUUCUGUGCUGGCGGCGAUGUCGCCCAGCUGGCAAAAUGGAACAAGCUUGGCCCUGAGGGCCAGAAGAAGUCAGCCGAGUACUUUGCGCAGGAAUACCAACUGGACCACCUGGUUGCGACCUUCAACAAGCCCUACAUCGCCUUCAUGGACGGCAUCACCAUGGGUGGCGGUGUCGGGCUCAGUAUCCACGCCCCAUUCCGGAUUGCGACCGAGCGCACGGUCUUCGCCAUGCCCGAGACAACAAUUGGCUUCUUCCCCGACGUCGGCGCCUCCUUCUUCCUCCCCAGGAUGCCGGGCUCCGUCGGCACCUACCUCGCCCUGACUAGCUCCCGCCUGACGGGCGCCAACGUUUUCUACGCCGGCAUCGCCACCCACUACUUGCACUCAACGUCGCUCCCCACGCUUGAGUCACGCCUCGCCGAGCUGCGCUUCCGGGACUACGACGACAUGGAGACCCGCCUCAAAGCCAUCGACGCCACCAUCGAGGAGUUCGUGACGGGCCUCCCGCACGACGAGCCCAUCUUCAUCAGCGGCAAGGUCCGCAAGGCCAUUGACCGGUGCUUCAGCCACGACACGGUUGACGAGAUCCUGCGGGCGCUCGAGAACGAAAAGGGCGCCACGCACGCCUGGGCCCAGGAGACGCUCGCCACGCUGCACAAGCGGUCGCCGACCGCCGUGCACGUCGCGCUGCGCCAGAUGCGCAUUGGCCACAAGUGGAACAUCCGCGACGCCUUCAUCCGCGAGCACGCCAUGGCCACCAAGUUCAUGGCCUCGCACGACUUCACCGAGGGCGUCACGGCCCUGCUGAUCGAGAAGCGGCCCGCGAGCUGGCAGCCCCCAUCCCUCGAGGCCGUCUCUCCGGAGGACAGCCCCAAGCUGACCGAGGACUUUUUUCUCGUGCCGCGCAACCGGCCCAAGCUGAGCCUGCUGACCGACGCAAAUUACGACGAGUACCCCUACGCGCAGUUUGGCAUCCCCACCGAGGAGCAGGUCGAGAAGAAGGUUAUGCUGGGCACCAUGACACGCGACCAGGUCGUCGACGCGUUCGUCAGGGAGCGAAAUCAGAAGCAGGGCGUCAAAGAGGUGGUCGAGGAGAUUCUUGACCGCAAGACGACUGGCGGGGCGAAGAGUGUGGUGAAGUGGGUGUACGAGUGA